AUGCCUCCGCAUGUGCGAAUGCGGAACAGCCCGCCUCCUGCUCCCCCGCGCGUCCGCGCGCUGCAGCAUGCGGAGGCGCAAGAAGAUGUAACGCGCGCAUUUACAUGCGGCGCGCACGUCCGUUCCCCGCGUCUCUUCAUUACGCUGCCCAAGCGGACUGCCG